AUGCCGCCUCGUCUCAACCUUUUCACCGUGAGGGCACCUGUCCCCGUCCUCCGUCAACCCACGACGCAGUCUGUGAAUCACCCUUCCCGACGCAGUAUCGUCUCUGCUCUCAACGUUCACAAGCCCGGCCUCUCGUCUGCAGGCACGGCACAAAGGAGAUGGAACUCCUCCGGCUCCGACAACAAGGAUGAUGCCGAUAGGCUCAAGGGCCCGACCGAGGAUCCUCUGCCCCAUGUCAGUCAGGAGGCCGCGGAGGUGACCAAGAUCAUGGAUAAGAAGUGUGACGGCACGGCCGCCAGCCCGGAAUUGGAGCAGGGAACUCCGGUCUCAGAGAUCCUUCAGCGCGACAAGGAGGCGCAGAAACACGCCCCCAAGGUCAUGCAGGAUCAAAUGAAGCGACCAUCUGGCUCGCGGUCCUUCUCGACGUUCGCUCGCCGCCAGCAGUCCGAGCUCCAAGGCCAAGCUCUGGACGCCCAUGACCCGACGGCUGCCGUCGUGGCCAACAUGAUUUCCCAGGUUAACGCGCAGGCGGAGGAACUGCAUACCGGGCUCAAGUUUAAGGCUCCCGGCCCCCUCCCGAAGACGGAGCAUUAUCGCAAGAGAUACGACUCUGUGAUCGAUCAAUUCACGAAGUUGAUCAUGCAGGAUGGCAAACUAAGCAAGGCUCAGAGGAACAUGGAGUUCAUCCUCGAUCAUCUGCGCACCGCAUCCCCGCCGCAAGUGCAUCCCCGGCGCCCUCUCCUCCCGGGUCCCCCGGGCCCGCAACUCCCCUUGAACCCUGUCCUUUACCUCACUACGAUUGUGGACUCUGUCGCUCCUCUCGUCAAGCUCAAGUCCCAGAAGGGUAUUGCCGGUGGAGGUGCUUCGGUGAACGUGCCCGUUCCCCUCCGUGUACGACAACGGCGAAGGACCGCGAUCAAAUGGAUCGUCGAUGCUUCUGACAAGCGACGGGACACCCACUUCGCCCAGCGAGUCGCCAACGAGCUGGUUGCCGUUGCCGAGGGCCGUGGUGGCGCAUGGGACAAGAAAGAGCACACCAACAAGCUUGCCCUUGCCGGUCGGAUGAACGUCAACCUCACCCCUCGCAAGUCGAAGGGAGGAGGAAGACUCGAUCUCUCACCGGCUUCGCGCUGCCUUGAAAAGGGCCACCUUAUCUUCCUGCCCGUCCUCCUUGCUUUCCUCGGUUCUUCGCCGUCGCACACCGUGUCGUCGAAUGCUGCGGGACGAAACGUGGCACGCAUCGCUUCUGCGACGGGUGCCUCUUCUCACGACCUCGACUUGACCCCCCCUCUCCAUUCCCCUGACCAAGGCAUCGAACUUGCCGAAUAUCCUCUGCUUUCCGAUUUAGACGCUGGCUCUCGUCAGUCGCAUAUCCACUUUCCCGAUCAUCAGGCCCGCGAUCGCGAUCCGGCGCCGAUACCUGAGACUAAAGAGCGUGUGGGCGAAGGAAGAGGCGGUGACCCGCAUAGACAUCACCUAUACUCGGGACCGCUCAGGCUUAAAUACUGGGUCGAGGCUCUUCACAAUCGCUCGCAGUAUUUGGCACACCGCGGACUCGACGCCAAGAUGAAGUUUUCGCACAGCAUUCAGUUCAAUGCGGUUCCGGAGUGGAGCUCCUAUUAUAUUGCAUAUAGCAACCUCAAGAAAGUAAUAUAUUCCCUGGAACAGCAGGCGCAUCAGGCUACUGGAGCGACUCAUCCCGACGUUGAAUCUGCACCCUUGCUCGACAGUACCCCCAAUCCUGACGCGAUUUUCCGGCGAGCUUUGGAUGUUGAAUUGGAGAAGAUAUGCACCUUCUACGCAGAUAAAGAAGUAGAAAUACUCAACGAGGUGGAAGGCGUUGUUCGGGAUGCCGAGGAAUACGUUUCGGAGACAGACGGCGUGAGCUUGGACCCGAUGAGCGAGAAUAUGACCAAGACGCGGACCAUGAGCUCCGGGUCCAGACCGCGUGCGGACAGUGCGUUCCGGGAAUAUUCACUGAGCAAUGAGCGGCGACGCAGUGCCAUUAGCGAGUCGAUGGCUGAAGACGACGAGGAUGAUGCAGAUAGCGACGACGAACAUCCGCUGUCGCAUCGAGAAAGACCGAUGUCGCACGGCGCUACCUCAACUAACCUCGGUGAUAGCCGCGCCGACAUGAGGCAUUCAUCCUUCUUGCGAGAUGCGAGGGACCUGGAGUACGACGGCCACCCCAACACCCGUCCAGGUGCGCAGGUCGAGAAUUUCAGGGACCCCCGAGUUCUUGACCUCUACAAUUCAGGCCUCUCUUUGAAAAAGCAGAUCGUUGACGCUUACGUGUCACUCUGUGGACUCAAGUCAUACAUCCAACUAAAUAAAACCGGGUUCUCCAAAGCCCUGAAAAAGUAUGACAAGAUCCUUGAUCGCAACCUCCGACGAGAUUACAUGAACUCCACCGUCUCCCUGGCAUACCCCUUUACGGACUCUACCAUGAAGAAGGUGGAGGAUGAUAUCUUCAAGAUUGAGAGCGUUUAUGCGGACGUGGUUACAGCCAAGAAUUUACCGCUCGCCAAACGCGAGCUUCGAUUGCACCUGAGGGAGCAUGUGGUCUGGGAGAGAAACACAGUGUGGAGGGAAAUGAUCGGGAUUGAAAGAAAGGCCCAGGCAGCGAAUGUCGGUAUUCGCAGGACCCUUCUGGGCGGCGCCGAAGACCCUGCAACGGCACGGCGACAGGGUGAUGAGCAAGAAGCUCCAGCGAAGGAAAUCAGAACCCCCCUAGGCGUCUUCCGUCCUCCGGAAUGGCUGUGUAGCGUGAGCUUCGGAAUGCUCAUCUUCAUCCUUGUUGUCUUCGUAUCGCUGCUCUCUGUGCCGAUAAUGGACAAACCAGAGCAGCAGAACUGCUUGGCCAUGCUUGUUUUUGUCAGUCUGCUGUGGGCUACAGAGGUCAUUCCUCUUUUCGUCACCUCGCUCCUUGUUCCGUUCCUCGUGGUCUUGCUGCGCAUAAUGAAGUCAGAGAAGAAGCCUUACGAGCGAUUAGGACCAAAGGAGGCUACGGGGGUUGCUUUUAGUUCGAUGUGGACCCCGGUUAUAAUGCUCCUGCUCGGUGGCUUCACCAUUGCCGCAGCUUUGUCAAAGCACGACAUCGCUCGGCGGAUGGCGAUGUUUGUCUUGAGUAAAGCCGGAUCCAAUCCUCGGGUCGUGCUCCUUACAAACAUGUUCGUGAGCAUGUUCUUGAGUAUGUGGAUCAGUAAUGUGGCAUCACCCGUCCUGUGCUACUCGAUCAUUCAGCCCCUUCUCCGCACUCUUCCGCCCGACUCGAACUUUGCCAAAGCCCUUGUUUUGGGGAUUGCCCUCGCCGCCAAUGUCGGCGGUGCUGCGUCACCGAUUGCAUCCCCCCAGAACAUCAUUGCGCUCCAGAACAUGUAUCCCAGCAUCAGCUGGGGCACCUGGUUCUUUGUGUCACUUCCCGUCUGCAUCAUCUCCAUCCUGCUGAUCUGGCUCCUCCUGCUGGCCACCUUCCAUCCCGGUCGUGACACCACCCUUGUCCCCAUUCGGCCCGUAAAGGACAAAUUCUCCGGCGUUCAGUGGUUUAUUAGCAUUGUCACAUUGUCCACCAUCGCCCUCUGGUGUGGCAGCCAUCAACUCGAGCAUGUCUUCGGCGACAUGGGAGUGAUCGCGAUCAUCCCCAUGGUUCUUUUCUUCGGCACCGGCAUCCUCAACAAGGAAGACUUCAAUAAUUUCCUGUGGACCAUCAUCAUCUUGGCUGCCGGUGGGCUUUGCCUUGGAAAAGCCGUGACGUCCUCCGGGCUCCUGCACACUCUGGCCAAUGCCAUCCGCGAUCGAGUCGAUCACCUUAGUCUGUACGGCGUCCUGAUCGUGUUUUCUAGCCUGAUCCUGGUUGUGGCCACGUUCAUCUCCCACACCGUAGCCGCCCUCAUCAUGCUCCCUCUGGUCCGACAAAUCGGCGUCAGCAUGGAAGACCCGCACCCCAAUCUGCUGGUCAUGGCUAGCGCCCUGAUGUGUUCCGUGGCCAUGGCCUUGCCGACCAGUGGAUUCCCUAACAUGACGGCCAUCAUGACCGAAGUACCCCAAACCGGCCAGCGAUACCUCCAGGUCAACCACUUCUUAACCCGAGGUAUCCCGUCCAGUUUGAUGGCGUUUGCAGUGAUCGUGACCAUCGGUUACGGGCUAAUGUACGUCGCCGGACUAUAA